GGAAAACAGGGGAGAAGCAAUCGAUCUUAAGUCGAUAUUUUUAAAUGUUGUGUACUGUAUUUUUCAUUUCUAUGUUAUCGAUUGAAGAAACAAUAGUUUUUUUUCUUCUUUAUAGCGUGUUUCGUGUCAAAAUGGCUUCCGUAGGGAGUUCAAGUCCAGUUGGCUCUUUAUCGUCAGAGGACCAUGACUUUGAUCCAACAGCAGAAAUGUUAGUUCAUGAGUAUGAUGACGAGAGGACUCUGGAGGAGGAAGAGUCUCAGGAGGGAGGGAGGAAUUUCAGCUCAGAGAUUGCGGAUCUUGAAAAGGAAGGGAACAUGCCUUUGGAAGAACUUUUGGCUAUCUAUCGCUAUGAGGCGUCUGCGGGCUCCAGUAUAGACAGCUCCUCUGGAGACCUCACCGAUGAACUGCCUGACAUGACUCUAGAUAAGGAGGAAAUAGCUAAAGACCUACUGUCUGGGGACUAUGAGGAGGAGACCCAGUCCUCGGCUGAUGAUUUGACCCCCUCCGUCACCUCCCAUGAGGCUACCGAUUUCUUCCCAAGAACACUCCGAUCCAAUGCAAUCUCUGACGGUGACAAAGAGUCAGAAUGUGAUGAAGAUGGCCCAAGUCCAGAGGACUCGAGAAAGGAAAUAAUGGUGGGAGCACAGUACCAAGCAGAGGUUCCUUCUGGCCUCUGUCACUACAAAGAUGGAGAGAAAGUUUAUGAAGAUGAAGACGAGUUAUUGUGGAGGCCAGGUAUAUUGCCAGAAAACAAGGUUAGGACUUUCCUGUCUGACGUUUUGUCACGGACAUCAGAUGAAAAGACAGGAUGUGACCGACCAUGGAUGCAUGUUCGAGAUAAUGAGCAGGCUUUGUUUGAGCUUGUCAAGGUCAACUACAACACCCGCGAAGCACUAGAGAGACACUGCAGCCACGUAAAGUCCUCAAAAGAAAAAUCGCCUCCCUGGUCAGAAGAGGAAUGCAAAAACUUUGAGCACGCACUACAAAUGUAUGACAAGAAUUUUCACCUUAUACAGAAACACAAAGUCACAACACGAACAGUAGCUGAAUGUGUGGCGUUUUACUACAUGUGGAAGAAGUCGGAGCGCUUUGACUUCUUUGUCCAGCAGAAUCGGUUUGGGAAGAAGAAGUACAGCAGCUAUCCCGGUGUAACCGACCUGAUGGACAGGCUGGUGGAUGAGGCAGAGGGACUGGCCGUGGACAGUUCCUCCUCUGUGUGUUCAGGAGCAGGUGGAGGAGGAAGGCUGGAGAGCACCACAGACCAGCAGCUCAGCCUCCUUAACUCCAUCACUGCCAGCGACCUCACAGCUCUGAGCAACACUGUAGCUACAGUGUGCAACCCAGCAGAGGUCGGCUGCAUGGACUCCUACAGCUUUCCUCCACUGGAAAGCCUCCAUCGUGGCUCCCUCAACCACGAAGAAUCCCUAGGGUUCCCUUCCAAUGGUGCAGAUCCGGACUGCCUAAACAUGCUUGACGCCGGCUUCUACCACUCUGAUCUGGGCCAGCUAGGAGGAGUGUGCGUCAACAAGGACUGCGAGCGGCCCUCCAAGAGACUCAAGAUGGCCCUGCCUGACUCCUUUAUCAAUGACGUGUCUGUGGGUAACCUCGGAGUGGACUUCGAAGCGCGACGGACAACAACGCACCACCAUCGAAUCACCGGCGCAAAAAUGGCAGUGUCUGUCACAGACUUUGGGAGUUUGGCUGGAAGCGGCGAGCCCAACGGCUUUCUGGGAGCACACGCACGGCACCACACACAGCACACUGCAGCACUUCAGUCAGAGUGAUCUUCCUCUUCUUCAUCCCUUUUUCUUCCCUUUUGAAACCCCUUAUCCUGCUUGUACAUAAGACUGACCUCACUGGGGAACCUGAUUUGUUUAAAUUGUAUUAGAUAUAUAUAUAUAUAUAUAUAUCUCUCUGUGUAUAUAUAUAUAUAUAUAUAUAUAUAGAGAUAUAUACUUUUUGUUUUCAUUUUUUGUGUAAUAUGACAUCAGUGAUGUCUAUCAUAUAGAACUAAAAUCUUGAUUUCUCUCAAGAGUUUAUAUAGCCAUUUAUUUUCUUCUCGUUUUGCGGUCUUGAGAUGUGUAACGUCCAUGUACAGUGGGGCCCAGAGGCUGCAGUAGGAGAGCUGUGUAUCUUCCUUCCUCACAUCUUCAGAGCUACAGUAUGUUAUCCUGCCAUUCUUUACAGCUGCCAAAAACGGCUCAGUUUUCUGCCUCUAGUGUCAGUAUUUAGUUGCUUGUCUUUGCUGUUUGAAGUGGUACUUUUUUUGUGUGUUUGGUUUACAGGUACAUUUAAGUAACCAGGCUGGUGCAAAUGGUUGUGUUUAUCCCCAAAUAAACCUGGCUAGAUAUUGUAUGAAGAGCAACACUAGCAUGGAGAUUGGCUUGGAGAGCAGGACAUGUGGUGGCAUCAGCUGCUCAGGCCUCCCAGAUUGUUUGUUUGUUUGUUUGUUUGUUUUUCUUUUCUCCUGUGGAAGCCUGUCUGCAGUUGGUCUGCUUGUUUACUUUUAAAGUGGCCAAACUGGAACAUGUGCAUGUUUGCAAAAGCUUUUAAAAAUAUGUAUAUUUCUAUUUAGUGAAACCUAAUCCGUAGACCCUUAUUCAUUUCCAAUUCAAACAGCUGAUGGAGAACACCUGAGCAGAGUGAAAUUGUUGGUCACUUUGUUCUGCAGUUGCAAGUUAUUGCUUUAAUCCUGCUUCUUUAUAGUGUAGACAGUCAAACAAACCAUGACUGCAAUAUUGCAAUGCAAAGAUAUUAGUUAAUAAUCAUUUAAAGGUGGAUAUCAUCAGGCACUGUAAUGUGUGUAUUUAUUACCAUAUACUUUAAGUUUUUUGUGAGAUUUUGUUUAACCCUUUCUCUCAUAGCCAUGUCUUCUAGUUGUAGAAAAGUAUGUUGGAUCAGCUCCUAAAUCAAGUAAUGCCAUUUCAGACCACUGUGCAAGCUUGGGUAAACCUGCUAGCAGUAUUAUCUUUUUAUUAAUUUUAUUUAAAGCCACUCAGUUUUGUAUUUAACCUCUGCCUAACCUGUGCGGACUAGAGAAUGCCUUGUAUAAUCUAGCCGACAGUUUCUUGGAGUUUAGUAGCAGAAAUGGAGCUGUUGUCUCUUGACUGAAGUCCAUAAUUGUGAAUUGUAAAAUGUUUAGCGGGUCAUUGUCGGUCGAUUGGAUGCAGUAGUAGUGUUUACUUAAUUUAUCUAUGCAUUGUGCAAACAAUAAUUAGUUUAUUUCAGGGGUACAUCAUGUUUGUCAUGUCCAUAGAUGUUGUUAUUCUCCAUAAUGUGUGUACAGACAGAUUUCAUGCUUUUUAACCAUUACGUUUGAUCAAGUAAUUCAUUUUUUUGUCAAGCCCAGCAUCAGAGGAGAUAUUCACAUCUGCGUUUCAUGUAAAUAAUUAGCAAAUAGCCUUUAAAAAGUCUAUUAACUGACCUCUUAAACUUGUGAAUCUAUGUUGAUACAAAGGUUUUAAUUUGAUUCCUUUUCAAAAGGCAAUAAUUUGUAGAUAUGUACAGAUAUUAUGGGUUUUGCAUUUUACCAGUUGACUUGGUGUUUGAAUUUGUUUCUCUUUGGAAAGUCAUGAUCCCCAGGACUCAGCUGAAACCACGCAUGCCAGCUGGGUCUGUUUCUCAAGUGUACCACUGAAAGCGGCUUUACCUGGAGACGUAUUGAUAUUACUCAAUGUUGCAAUUUUGCCUUCAAAACAUUCAGCCAUGUGUAAAAGAUGGUCAUCUUUCUUUACAUCGAUUUUUCUUUUUGCUUUUUUUUUUUAACAUGUCGUCUAUGUUUGUCUUUUUGGUAAAGGGAUGGUUGCUGCUCAAAGUAUGUGGAGAUCUAGUUUCUCUUAAUGCAAUGUGCAUAAUGCAGUAGGUCCUCCAAGCUCUUCUAGCUUUAGCAGUGCAGUGAUAUUUAUUUCACCUGUGGUUUGUACAAAGACUCAGAAAAACUGUCAGAAUGUAAAGGCCAUUAAGUAGUAGAAGUAGGUUUUUAAACACCCUGUGAACUCUCAAAGAUGUGAUAUUUUAUUGAUAUCUCUGGUUUGAGACUUGUGUGUGCGAGAAAGCACUAGACAAAUUUAUUUUAUAUUUUGUAUUGUGUUUUGAAGAUUAAAAAGGAAAACAAUUAUAGCAGUUGUGGUUUUCAAACUGAAAACUGAGUCCUUAGAUAAAAACAAAACCACCUUUGUGAAUAAAAACCUACAAAACAUAAAAAUGUAUAUCCAGAAAUAUAGACAAUCAAGAAUUCACUAUGAGAAAUGUCUGAGACGCUAUCUUUAUUGUUUAUAAGAAUUGUACAUAAACAUUGAGUUGUUUUUUUUUUCUUUUGUUAAACAUUAUUUUGUAUUUUCUGUUGUACUUUAAUACCUUGUGUACAGAUCCAGAAAUAAAGCUCUGGAAAAAGUUCA